CGCCGCCCUCAGGAGCGGAAGCUCAGCGCGGAGGACGGGCGGUAGCCGCGCCAUGUCGGGCAGCGCCGGGCCGGUGUGGCGCCGCGUCCGGCGGUCCUUUUCCCCCACCCGUAAACGGCUGAAGCCGCUGCGAACCGUGGUGGCGUGGAGGGGAAGGGCGGAAUGGGACCAGGUGAUGGUGGGGCUGUACUGCGGAGACAGCCGGCUGCAGCAGGAGGCGCUGGAUCGGGUGUCGGCCUGGAAGAGCCGAUAUGGCCCUAAAAUGCCUCUUGCAGUGGAUUGCACAGCUGAACUGAUUCGUUGCAAGGCCCUGGACUCAUCUGGCAAACUGAGAUCACAUGAGCUCAUUCUCUCAUAUGGUCUGGCUCUUGUAAGGUUUGUCAACUUGAUCACAGAAAGAAAACAGAAAAUGGUCAGUGUUCCUCUGAGAAAACUAGCCAUAGAGGUGGGUAUCCCUACCUGGGUUGUGGAUCUCCGUCAUGAGCUGACUCAUGGGAAGCUGCCCCGCUUGGCUCUGUGCCGCAAGGGUUGUGAUGUUGUGCUGGACUGGCUACGAAAGACUUAUUGGAGCCGUCAGUUGGGCAAUAAUUUGUGUGAGGAAAGUGAAGAGGAGGAUGAGGAAGAGGAACAGGAAGAGAUGGAGACAAACACAGAGUUGGGCAGUGAGACAUGGGAGAUUCAAACCCCACAGCAUGAGGUCUGUCAGAAACAUAAGGAAUUCCAUGAGAAAGUCAGAGAUGUGUUGAUAUCCUACAAAAAUGAGCUGUUUCAGGUUAUGCAGGCAGUCCAGUCUGUUUCAAAAUCUCGAGAACUGUGGUCUAAUUCUUCUUCAGAAGUGGACUGGAUUCUGGCUCAGAUCAAAGACUUAAUGCAGGAGAACAGGGAGACAGUGGCUGAAGUUCUUCUCAGUGAUGGCUUUCUCAUUCCAACAAUGGAUUGUCUGAAGAUGUUAAAUAUAAAGUAUGAAGCAAAUAAAGAGGUAUGGCAGUUCAAAAUUCCUCAGACAUUUUACUGCUUUUGGCAGCCCUUGCUGACAAGCAUUCUUUCCCGAAGUUUUACACAGACCCUAAUAGACAAAAUGUUUAUGAAGUUGAAGGAAUGUUCUGACUCUUCAGAUCUCCAGUCUCAAUUCCUGAUCAACUGGAUUUCUGAGAUGCUGACUAGCAUUGCUAGAGUUAACAGUGGGAAGAAAAGACGUCGCUGUAACAAACAAGCAUACAUGAAGGAAUUGUUCCUUCGAAAAGUUCCUUUGCAGUGGGUAAGACUGACUGAUAACUGCUUGGAAGCUCCCUGCUGGGCAACCCCACACCUCCUUCAGCUGAUCCUCACAAGCAUGAGACCUCGUUUGCCACGUUCUUCACGAAAGAAUCUUCUUUAUCUUACAUCCAUUUACACGGAAGAAGGUGGCCCUUUGUCCACUCCAGGCCUCUCUUCGGACUGUGGCAAACAGCCAGUUUACACUAUAGAGAGCCUACAGUGGGCUAGGCUAGAAAAUCAGAUCAAAAAUGAAGGGCAGACUAUAGAGAAACAAGAUGAUGUACAAGAAAGAGAUGAUGGUGUAGAGGAAGUAGAGGAGGAGGAAGAAGAGAUAACUGAAACAAAUCAUUUGGGAGGACUUGCUCAUUCUAAUAUCAUGGUGGCUAUUGCUGAGAAAAAGGCAAAGCUGCAAGGGUCUGCCUGGCAGAUUGUUGCAGAUGAAGUGCAAUGGAAGGAUUUUCCUCUUGGGAAACUCCCAGGUCAGACAGAUGACCCUGAUGGUCUCAUGUUGGAUAAUUACUCCAUGAUGUCUCUGCUUGAUCAGCCAAUGAAAGAUGAGUGGAAGUCUUCCACUACAAACUCUGCUGAAUUAAAUGUUCCUGUGACAGGAGGAUUAUUGUGGACCCAGAACGACUUGAACAAAAUAAAAAGUGGCCUUCAACUUUUCUAAGACUGAAAAUUGCUCUGCAGCUUUCAGUGUUGUGCAAGAUAAGUGACAGAGGAACUUGUAAUGGUGGUUGGGAAGUAGCCACUCCCAGGAUUUUUUUUCCAUGAGGAUUUAUUACUUUUUACUGUAUAAAAUCACAAUUUUGCAAGCAUGUUGUUCUGUUUGUAGUGGCUAUUGUCUGCUUAACCACUGUCAAGAACUUUGAGCUCUAGCUGAUGUUUGUGAAAUACAGCCAAUACUCUUUGGAAUCCCUUUAAUUUUUUCUAUGGUUAAUAAAUAUCACUAACUGAAGGCAAACAUUCUUUCUGGAUU